GUGUCUGCGAUCAGGUGGCAGCCCCAAGGGAAACUGAUUGCUCAGCUCCGCCAAAGGAAACAAUAACACAAAGUGUUAAUCCGGUAUCCAGAGUCCGCAAAACGUAGCAAUGUCCACAUUGAAUCGUCCCAAGUCUCCGCACACGCCCACCGCCAUCAAAAAGGGCGAGAAGGAGGACAGUUUCUGGGACAAGUUCAGCACCCUGGGUCGCAAACGCGGCACCCGCGAAGUGAAGAAGGUGCAGGAGGAGGGCAAGUACGCCAUUGACUCGCCUGGAUCGCCCAGUCAAUAUGACAUCCCGCCCGAGGACUACGCCCUGCGCGAACACGAACAGCGCGCCGUCAUCGAUCCGCAGUCCAUCAACGAUCCCGAGGUGGUCAAGCUGCAGCGCAUCCUAGUCGACUGGAUCAACGACGAGCUGGCCGAGCAGCGAAUCAUCGUCCAGCAUCUGGAGGAGGACAUGUACGACGGCCAGGUGCUGCACAAGCUCUGGGAGAAGCUCACGGGCAAGAAGCUGGACGUGCCGGAGGUCACUCAGUCGGAGCAGGGUCAGCACGAGAAGCUCAACAUCGUCCUGAAGGCCGUUAACCACACACUCGGCUUUCACCAGAAGAUCCCAAAGUGGUCGGUGGCCAGCGUGCACUCGAAGAACAUCGUGGCCAUCCUGCAUCUGCUGGUGGCACUGGUGCGUCACUUCCGGGCGCCCGUUCGCCUGCCGGAAAAUGUGUUUGUGACGGUUGUGAUCGCGGAAAAGAAUGCGGGAGUGCUGAAUGCCCAGAAGUUCCAGGAGCAAAUAACUUCUGAGUACGAUGACCUGGGUAUGCGCUGCGAAAAGGACGCCUUCGACACGCUGAUCGACUGUGCGCCAGACAAGCUGGCCGUGGUGAAGAAGUCCCUGAUCACGUUCGUGAACAAGCACCUGGCCAAGCUGAACUUCGAGAUAAGCGACCUGAACACGGACUUUCGCGACGGCGUCUAUCUUUGCCUGCUAAUGGGUCUGCUUGGGGGCUUCUUUGUGCCGCUGCAUGAGUUCCAUUUGACGCCGCAGGACGUCGACCAGAUGGUGAGCAACGUGGCAUUCGCCUUUGACCUGAUGCAGGACGUGGGCCUGCCCAAGCCGAAGGCGCGGCCCGAGGACAUUGUCAACAUGGACCUCAAGUCCACCCUGCGCGUCCUUUACAGCCUGUUCACCAUGUUCAGGGACUACGCCUGAGUGGAAUCGCAAUGCCAGAGGGACAACAAGCGGCGCCAAUUUUACAUUUUAUAUUAACCUUUUGUAAUGUUUACACGCUUAAUUUAUGUGCUUUCCAAAGUUGGUUGUACACGGUGCAGCGGCAAAUGCACAGAAUAUCAAAACCAUUAUUAGCGGCUGCAUCGUUUAUAACCAGCUUUAAGAACGGUUUUAUAUAUAUUUAUACAUAUGUAUGUGUCGUAUGUCUAACCACUGCGAGCUGCUCGAUCCCAGGAUGUCCGAAGCAGGGCAGCGAAGAGCUAACCCAAACCCAAACCCGGCGGCCAGUUGUUAACUUGUCCUACUCACGUGCCAGCCGUAGUUACUGUUGUUACUAAGUGAAUUUAAUGUAUUAAUAUACAAUAACUGAGAUUGUGCCUUUAGAUCACUGAGAGCCAUUGCGAAUUAUUUCACAGAUCAGAUAUAAAACAUUUGAAUUUAGAAGUGUACGGAAAAGUCUUCUAAAAUGGUAUUUUUGUACGUUUAAAGUUUGGACUAGAAAAAUCAAUAAAUAUUGCCUUGGCAUAUGUGUUAUUCUA